GAGAUCCAAUAUGCACCGCUUCUUCCACUUCCUCUCCCUCCUCAUUUUCUUGCUUCCCGAUGAAACCAGCUACUCCGCGGCCGCAGAUUCCGGCGGCGGCGGUCAGUGCAUACGCCGGUGCGGCGGCGCCACUGUCCCCUACCCUUUUGGCUUUUCCCCCGGCUGCCCCAUCGCCCUGUCGUGCGACGCCAGCACCUCCACGCCGAUCCUCCCAUACAUAGGAGAGAACGACACCAUGUAUCGCGUGAUAGCCUUCAACUCCACCACCUCCACGGUCGUUGUCGGCCUCCCGCCGUCGUGCAGCCGCAGCGUCCCUGAGACCAGGAGGGAGCUCUCUGGGGGCAACUAUGGCCUGUCGUCUCGCACCGGUCUUUUCCUCCGUGGUGGCUGCAGCAGGAUCAACGCGUCGGCGGGCGCCGGAUGCAGUGUGCCCGCGGACGUCUUGUCCAGGCGGCUCCGCACGGCGCCGUGCGUCCGCCUCGGCAACGACCCCGCUGUGGCAUGCGUCGCUCCCACUGUGGCAAACUCCACGGUGCAUGACCAGUUUCUGCGGUGGGAGAAGGUCGAGAAUCAAAAGUGUGACGACGUGCUGACCUCCACGGUGUUCGUGCUCACGGCGGAGGGGACGACUACGCUGGAGUUUGGCGUGUCCGAGCUUGGCUGGUGGCUCAACGGGACGUGCGGCGCCGGCACGGGCGAGCGUUGCGCAGCGAACGCGACGUGCACCGACGUACAAACGCCUAGCGGGGAGAUGGGGCACCGGUGCGCGUGCAUGGCGGGGAUGGCCGGCGACGGAUUCAUGGCCGGCGACGGAUGCUACCUCGCACCUGUGUCUCGCUCGAAGCAUAAACAACUAGUAGCGGUGUUGACGUCUGUUGCUUCCGUGGUGUUCCUACUUUCUCUUUCCAUAACGGCUUCCUUCCUCAUUCGCCGCAAUACCAUGAAGAAAACCAAACGAGCUUUGAAACUGGGGACAACACUCUUUCGUGGUGAACUUGUCCACGACGAACUCGACCAAGGAGUUGAGGGCCCCCGUCGAUUUUCUUAUAACGAGCUCGCGGUCGCGACCGAUAAUUUCUCUGAUGAUAGAGCGCUUGGGAGAGGAGGCUUUGGUUCUGUGUACCGAGGGUUUAUGAGCGACAUGAACCACGAAGUUGCUGUUAAGAGGGUGUCCGAGUCCUCUCGACAGGGCUGGAAGGAGUUCGCCUCUGAGGUGCGGAUCAUUAGUCGUCUCAGGCAUCGGAACCUUGUGCAACUCAUUGGCUGGUGCCAUGGCGGUGACGAGCUCCUCCUCGUCUACGAGCUGAUGCACAAUAGCAGCCUCGACACUCAUUUGUACAGAUCUGACUACGUGUUCACAUGGCCUGUUAGGUAUGAGAUAGUGCUGGGCGUAGGUUCGGCACUUCUGUACCUGCACCAAGACACGGAGCAGCGCGUGGUGCACAGGGACAUCAAGCCAAGCAACAUCAUGUUGGACACGUCCUUCACCGCCAAACUUGGUGACUUUGGGCUCGCAAGGCUCAUCAAUGACGGCAGAAGAUCGCACACGACCGGCAUUGCCGGCACGAUGGGGUACAUCGAUCCAGAGAGCGUGAUAACCGGCAGGGCGAGCGUAGAGUCGGAUGUGUACAGCUUUGGGGUUGUCCUCCUCGAGGUCGCCUCUGGCCAGCGGCCAACUCUAGUCCAGGAAGACGGCGACGUCAUCCACCUGGUCCAAUGGGUGUGGGAGUUGUAUGGCAGAGGCUUAAUUCUUGACGCUGCCGACAAGCGACUUAGUGGGGAGUUUGAGGGCAGGAAGAUGGAGCGUGUGAUGGUCGUGGGGCUCUGGUGCGCGCACCCUGACCGUGGCAUGCGUCCAUCCAUCAGGCAAGCGAUGAACGUGCUGCGGUUCGAAGCGCCGUUGCCGAGCCUCCCGGCGAGGAUGCCGGUGGCGACCUAUGGGCCGCCGACUAAUCCUUCAUUUUCCGGGACUUCGGUGCUGAGUAGCAUGAGUGGCCGUUGAUGUGUGGGAAUGCUGGUUGAAUUCUCCGGUUAUUAAUUAUAGAAUCUUAGUAUAUGGUCCGUGAGAAGUAUAUACAGAAGUGAAAUGUUGCCGCUA